AUGAUUUUAGGGAAGCAGGUCUAUGUCGAAGAGCUGAAGUCUCACCUCGCCCCAGCAGAAGCCCCCUCAGACCAGCAUCACCAGGAGGCACUGGAGGAUGCGGCUGCGGAUGGGGACACAGUCGACAGCCAGGACACAGGCUCCAGCGAAGACACCGUGGAGGUCUCCUUAGCCAGCGAGGAGCUGCAGGAGGUCCCGAGACACACCACGGAGGACACAGACACUGUGGAUAAUUUUGGCUCUGACCUAGCCACAGUGGAGAUCUCCCCGGGGGAGAUCCCCCCAAACCCAGAGGAGCUGCAGGAGGUGCUGGGUCCCGCUGCUGUGGAUGGGGAUGAGGGCAGCACCCCGGACCUGGUCUCCACCCCGAACACCACAGCCAGAGAAGUCCCCGUGGGCAGCCAGGAGACGCAGGAAGCCUCGGGACAUGUGGAAGCUGAUGGGAAGGCAAAUUUGAGCGAUUCCAUGAAGGCGAUGAGGAUGGUCCAGCAACCACCCCUGGGGGAAGAGGCCAAAGUUGAUGUCAGUGGUGAGGGCUCCAUCCUGGCUACCCCAAGCAUCCACUCAGCCCCAAAGGAGCUGAAAAAGGCACAAGUGGACGAAAAAGUUGCUCCUGGCCGUGCUCCCAAAACCCGUAUAAAACUGAAGCUCCUGCCAAAGAAGGGGGUUCGAAAACCCCUCACAAGGGAGACAAGCAGUGAACUCCCGCAGAUCCCUCAGACGAGAACUGAGUGUGAAGCUGUGAGGAACAUGACAAAGAAGCAAUGGAAAGCGUUCUCCGAUGCUUUCAACUUCUUCCCCAAAGACACGGAUGGCAAUAUUAACCUCUACAGCCUGGAGGUGACUGCUCAGCAGCUGGGGAUUAGCUUGGCCGGCCAGGAGGCAUAUAAGAAGCUGGUGUGUGCUGGAGCUGACAGAGACAAAGCGAUGAAUUUCUCAGAGUUUCUGACCACCGUUACUGACAAGAACUGCUUUAUCCAGACUGUAUGCCCUGAGAAAAGUGAUUCAGGCAGCUUUGAUUACGUCGAUGCCAGAGGAAUCCUCCUCUGCAAGGUCUUGCUGAAGAUGGUGGAGUUGGCAGCUCUGCCCCGGAAAACUCUUCUUCAGAUUGCCAGUUACUACCAGCAGAAGUUUAGGGACUACACUGGCCACAAAGCCUGGAUGGAUGCUGAUUUCCUCAUGAGUUACAGAAAGAACAACAACAAAACUAGGAAAGACCUGGUUUAUCCUAUGACUUCCUUUGUAAGCGCUGCCCGCAUCUCAACGAUGAAGGAAAGAGAGGCAGCAGCUUACAUGGAACGACUCAAAGCAUCCGUGCCCCGUUCAAGCAGCCCGUAUGCUCAGGUACCGAUCUUCCCUCUAAUUUUGAAUGAAGACACAAAGACACUCGUGAAGCCAAAAAAAGACAUGCAGAAGCUGUUGAGGCGGAGAAAGAAAGAGCCAGUAGCUUCAACAGAGAGCUGCUCCAUCCGUAAGAGAAACCACGGGCAGGAGCUUGGACCCCUUCUUCUCCCUUCUCCUCCCUGCUCCCAGGAGGCGCAGGUGGCCCAGCAGUACCAGCACAGCCUGGCCCUCCGCCAUCGCGCCAGCCUGCUCAAGCUGUGGCGGAAGGUCGGCGGGGCAGAGAUCGGCCGCCAGGCGGGCAGCAAGCGCUUCCACCACAUCUUCUCCACCUACUCCUGGUCGUGGAACGCGUGCCAGGAGCUGGUGACCGCCGACGAGCUGCAGGCGCUGGACCGCCUGAACCGCCGCCAUCGCCGGGCCACCAGGCAGGCGACCACCACGAAAUGGACGUUCCUGGACCCCACCAGAACCCGCUGAACGCCGAACGGGGCCGGUUUGGGCCGGGCUUCGCCCCCACCCUGCCUUCUGGGGUAAUAAAAGGCGAAAUA